AAUGGACGACUGAUUGGAUGAAUGAGUGAAUCGAUGCGUAUUUGUAUUGAAUUGAAUUGAAUGUCAUUUUAUAGUGUUUUACAGUUAUAUCUCAAUUAGACAUCAAUUAAUCAAUUAAUCAAUCAAUCGAUUGGUUUUGUUUUGAAUCUCUUGUCAAUACUUUCCACUCAUUUAUUCACUGAAUUGCAUGAAAUGGGGAACAAAUCAUCACUUAUGCUUCAAAAUGAAGAGAUUAUUGCCAUUCAAACGGAAACCGGAUUCAGUCCGUCGCAAAUCGAGAGACUGUACAGUCGUUUCACGAGUUUAGACAAAGGAGACAACGGCUCCCUUUCGCGCGAAGACUUCCUCCGCAUCCCUGAGUUGGCCAUCAAUCCAUUGGGCGAUCGUAUAGUUCAGGCCUUCUUCGCCCAAAACGAUGGCUACGAAGAGAGGAUUAAUUUCCGGCAAUUUAUGCGCGUAUUGUCGCGAUUCCGACCGAUUAAGAAGAAUAGGGAAAACAAACUCAAUUCACGUGAAGACAAACUGAGAUUUGCGUUCAAAAUGUAUGACUUGGACGACGACCAGAAGAUCUCGCGCGAAGAGCUGUUGGCAGUCCUGCAUAUGAUGGUGGGCUCCAACAUCUCGACGGAACAGUUGUCUAAUAUCGCCGACCGGACUAUCAUGGAGGCCGACAAAGACGGCGACCAAUGCAUCACUUUUGAGGAGUUCUGCACCACUUUGGAGCGCACAGACGUCGAGGAGAAGAUGUCCAUCAGAUUCCUUCAUUGAUCCCUACUUUCAGUGCAUUUCUUAGGUUUUAUUCUCUAAUAUAUAAUGAGAUUAUGUUUUCUCUUUUAGACACUUAAUUAGCUUUUAUUUACCGGUUAUUGUAUUUUCUAUUGAUUUUAUACACGGGAUACCAAUAAUUUUAGAUGUUUUGCACAAAACCCUCUCUUUGAUUGUUAUUUGAUAUAUAAAUAUAGCAUUAUUUACAGACAAACGCUAUAAAACAUUGUUAUUAAUCCAAUUGUUAUUUAAAUAUAAAUAUUUUAAAUUUAUUACUC